AUGCACAUCCAAAAUCCAAACCAUGCACUAUACGCGGCGACCAAUGACGCCCUCAUGGGUUUGCCAGUGCGAACCAAAGCACCUCGAGUGCGUGCCUUUUCUCCAAAGGUCCGCACGGGAUGUAUAACGUGGUAUGUUGCUAAAUGUGACGAAGAGAAACCAACCUGCCGCCGAUGCAGGGAAAGUCAGGUCAAGUGCGAUGGAUACGCGCCUGUACCCGUCUCACAGAAGAAGCCAGCCUCCCAAAAGCAAACGGCUGCCAAGAAGAGAGCUAUCAAGCAGACACAAGAGAUGGUGCAACAUGUAGCCAGCCAGUCGCAACCACGUUUCAUCAUCCAAGGCAAUCGGCUCAACUUCGACAUUGACGGCGGCGUUUACGACCGCAUGUUCUUCCAUCAUUUCCGCGCCAUCACUAUAGUCGAUUUCGUCCACGUCAUCAAUCCUAGGGAUUUCUGGUCCCAGAGGGUGCUUCCAAUGUGUUAUAACGAUCCUGCUGUGCGCAAUACCGUCGUUGCGCUUGGCGCAGCUCACUAUCUCUAUCUUCAAAAGCUCCAAAGCUCUAAUUCUGGAGACACUAACGCGUCCAUGUCCCACUUCGAGUGUGUUGCGAUACAGUAUUACAACAAUGCCAUUGCAGAGUUAGUUAAGCUUAACAACGGCGACAAGUCAACAUGGGACACUCAGCUCAAGACCCUUACCUGCUGCCUACUAUUUAUCUGUCUUGAGAACAUUUUAGGCCGCUCUGAAGAAGGAAUUCGCCAUAUACAAGCUGGCGCCCGUCUCCUUAAAAAUUCCGACUUCUCGAUUGCCCCACAGAAUUUACAACAGCUUAUGCAAGAGAUUGCAACUGUCUUGCUUCACUUUUUCGUCGAUGUGGCCUAUCUCGAGGAAGAACACAACAUCCCCAAUAUGGUACCCUACGCCCUACCUACAACAGAGAUCGGCGAUGGGCUGGAGCCAUUUUCAAGUCUCCAAGAAGCCAAAGACACCAUAUGGGACCUAGAUGUCAAAAUGGCCUAUGUGGGAUCUGGCAAACCCGAUUCAGAUGAGGCACCCGACCCCGAGUGUUGUAUGCUCGACGUGGCCCCUUUCAUUGAGCCUUUUAAACGCUGGAAGAUCAAAUUCAACAAUCUUAUCUCGUCCCAAAUCGACUCUCCGAAUGUUCCCAUUGACGUCCAGCGGGAGACAGUGAACCUCAUGCUCCGCCGCUGCAUGUGGGACAUAAUGCUACUCCCAGAAGGCAAAAAUUCAGACGAAGAACUAGCGAAACUCAAUCAUGAACUGGUCGAUCUGGUGGAGCUCCUGUACAGCAUCGAGGCCUCCUCGAUCGGCCGGCCUAUUUUUGUAUUGGAAGGCGACACUAUUCCCGCACUGUACUUUUCCGGUUUAUUUUCGGAAGAUCCUGUCUUCGUCCAGCGCAUUACCACCCUCUUGCGUGAGUCUCCAAGACGCGAAGGUCUUUGGGAUAGCCGGCAAACGGCAGAUAAGCUGUCAGCUGAGUUCAGGAGUCUUGCUGCUUGUCCAUCAAAAAAUUGUUCAUUAAAGGCUUGCCCUUUCUAUAAGCGUUAUAUAAUCUACUUCACUUUAACUAGUAGUAGAUAG